AUGUUGAUUCCUGCCUUUGUUGUAUGGGCUGUGGGAUAUCCCUUAUAUACCUAUGGAUCCAUCUUCGUUAUUGCAUUAAUUAUUUGGCAAGUGAAAAAGAGGCGCCAAAAAUUAAGUUUGGAAUCUAACAAGACCUGUUGCCAGCAUCACGGAAGAGUCAAACAAAAGUCUAGAGAUAAAACAUCAAGAGCUAAGAAAACCUCCCAGGAAGAAGCUGAGAAGCUGAAGAAGCUGCUUUCUGUCAUGAAAAGCCAGGGCUGGCUUCCUCAGGUGGAAAGUAUACGGCGGCUCCUUUGUGCAGAUCCUGGCUGCCAAAUCUGCAAUUCUCUAGCUCUGGAGAUUCAGCAAUUGCUGGAGUAUGACAACAAGCAGAUCUCCCCUACUUUAUUGGGGCCAUCGCAGGGCCCUCCUUGCCCAGAUGCAUUGUCCACAUCAGGUGUGUCUUGUGAGCAGGGUUCCCAGGACUCCAGACAGUUUUCACUGGCAUCUGGCCCCGGGCUGUCACAAUUACUGGGUCAGAAAUCUUUAACUCAGUUAGCUGCCCACUCAGCUGAUGCAGCCCGUGUCCACAAUGUCGGGCCUGAUCACCUUCAGCAAAGGCAGAAAUUUCAAGCGCCCAAAAAGCCCCGGGAUACAGGAGCUCUGUCUUCUUCAAGCCUUGAGGAGCCUGGGAUUCCUGUGAACCAGAAGGAGAGAAAGAAGAACUCUGCACUUGUCCCCAGGAACCAAGCUCCAGAAGCUGACUUGGGAAAUACGAUGACGCUCUUUUCACACUGGAUUAACCCUGAAGUGAGUGGUCAAAGGCACGAGGAACACAUUUCCCCCUCUAAGGCUGAGAAGGUGACCAGAUCCAGGACGAAAGAGGUUAAGAAGGGUCCAGCCCCCACCAAAGACCAUGCUGGGGGAGCUAGGUUGGAGAAGAAAACAGAGGACCCCAUGGCCCGGCCUCCCCCUACUGAGAAGGAGCGCUUGUCUUUCCUUGAUGUCCUCUGUGCCUUCACCAACAAUUCCGGCAAAACUCCCUUUGGUCCUGUCAAUCCUAAGGCCUGUGCCCCUCCUACAACUGCUCCAAACUCUGUUGUCAACUGA